AAACUAGAAAUAAGUUGUUGAGUGACAGACCGAGUGACACGAUGUUUGGAAAGUUAAGUGCACACUUGAUCAUGAUGUUCCUGGUCUCGAUGCUGUUAGUCAUGGGCAUUGCUGUGCCAGGAAUCCUUGCCAGCAAUGGAUAUACUCACUAUGAUCAGGCCCAGUUGAACGCAACUAUUGCAGCAUUGGUACACAGCAAUGGACCUGUGACAGAAGUCGACGAGACACACGAUCAUUCGAGUUUCUCGAUUAGAUUUGCCAACGAAUUGCAUAUCAAACUUCCAUGCGACUUUGGCCGCCAUUAUUAUAAAAAUGUUAACACUUGUGUGUCGACGUCCAAAAUGGUGCUAAUUUACGAUCAUUGUCAGUUUUCAAUGCGUCCAGAUUGCUGGAACGAGAUGCCUUUCUGUUUCCUCGACAGCACAAAGAACAAUGCUUAUGACGAAGAUAACUGCCUGCCCUAUUUUAAACUCAACAAAAACCUAUGCCGGUGUGAACUCAAGAAAUGAUGAAUUGUAUCAUACGUGUUCUGAUAUAGAUGUAACAUCAAACAGA